GUGGGCGGAUCUGAGACGUAUUUCCUCUCAGCGAACACCUUGAGCACCUGAAUCCCUCCACAUUUUACAAACCUUUCCGCAAACCCUCACUACAGCUCACUGGGAUGGCUCUCAUAAUGGGGAUAUUUGGGAUAUAUCUGCUUUUUGGUGGACUAUACGUGACUUUGGGCAUGAAUGUGGAAAUCCCAAAUAAAGAAUAUAAGGUCGCGAGGGGUGAUAAUGUGACGGUCCCGUGCACAUUCAAAGUUCCAGCGGCCGAUCUGUCUGUCAUUGUGACGUGGUCCACUUUAGAUCUUGAUGCUCCAGAUGAUCCCUCGAAAACCAUCCUCACUUACUUCAAUCCCAGUAAAGUUACAGUAACCAAAGCAUAUAAAGGCCGUGCAUCUCUCGUACACGAUAUCCCGAAAGGAUUCGCCAACCUGCAGUUGAGUAGGGUCACCAGCGCUGACACGCGCAAUUAUGAGUGUAAAGUUCAAGUUGAGGCCGAAGAGGACGGCAGCCUGUCUGAUACGGCCAAAGUCAUUGUGCUGGUGGCUCCGUCUCCUCCCGACUGUAAAGUUGUUGGAGUAGCAGAAUUCGGCCAGAACAUCAAUCUCACCUGUUUCUCUCAUGAGGGCACACCGAAACCCAUCUACAAGUGGCAAAGUCAUAAUGUCAAUAACAUUCCUCGUCCAAACCCGCCAAAGGCCACCGACCAAAAUGGAGUUUUAUCACUCUACAAUGUUUCCCAAGACACGUCUGGUUUCUACAUUUGCACAUCCACCAACGAGAUCAGAUCAGCAAAGUGUAAUCUGACACUGGCCGUCAUGCCACCGUCCAUGAACAUUGCAUCCACAGCUGGUAUAAUCGGAGGGAUUGUGGCUGUAAUUGUGCUUUUGGGGAUCAUCGUCUUCUGCUGUCGUCGCUGCAGGAGGAAGGAGAAGGCGGAGGAAUACGCCAUGGGAUCUCCUGAAGGAGGCGAGUUCACUGACAAGGAGCCUGAAGGAAAAGCUGAAGAUCAUGAGGAACACGUCAGCUAUGAAGAGGAACGUCGUGUGAAAAGUGCAGUCAAACCUCAAGAUCCACGCGACGACCGAAGCGAGAGAAGCUAUGGUCGCCGAAGCGAUUACGAUGACCGGAAAGAUGAGUACUCUUACAGGCAAGAUGACCGUCGGGAGAGGUACGAUCGUGACGACCAUUACGAUGAUCGUCGAGAUCGCUACGACGACCGGCGGGACCGCUCCAAUGAUCACUAUGACGACCGGCGGGACCGCUCCGAUGAUCGCUAUGACGACCGGCGGGACCGCUCCGAUGAUCGCUAUGCCGAUCGGCAGGAUCACAAUGAUGAUCGCAACAGUGAACGCUACUCCGAUCGCUAUGACAGUCGCGACAGACCGCCGAGCAUUCCGCUUAAUAAACCCAAAGUCCCACGGAGCUAAGUUUAGUUAACGCUUUAUGCUGUUUGAUAAAAUACAUAGAUGAUAGAAAAUUAGACCUAUACUGAGAUUUUAAAGAAUGAAAGGCUUUUAUUAAUGUAGGCUUCUACUGAACAAACCUGCCAACACAUAUCUAAGUUGCAAGCAUAUUUCAGUCUCUUAAGUGUUUAUUUUGUAAAGCAAGAAUUGGACACAGUUAAAGGUUUUAAUUUGUAUAUAAGCAGGACAACUGAGAAGCCCAUUGGCUUGAUGUAUAUUGAUUUGUCUGAUUGUGAAACACCUUUAUGUUUGAACAUCUCUAAUCUUAGGUAUUGCUUAUCAAUAAAUUUGCAUGUAUUUCUUUAUUUUUAGACUUUGUGUAAUAUUUCCCCUCUAUAGCUGGUCAUUUAUAUUUCCUGUAAAGGGUUUCUCAGUACUGACUGCUGAAGAUCUCUUAUGAAAGUGGCAUGAUUGUUUCUUGAUGACUGAAUGGAAUGAUUGUGAGUGACAAUCUUUGAGUUUCCUGCAGGCCAUGUGGAUUUCACCUAUAAUUAAAUACUGCUUUUUAUUAUUCUGAAACAGUUAACUUGGAUCUCAGAGGAAAUGUGUUUGCCUGAGAAUGUGAACAUACAUUUACUAAUUAAUCUAGAUAGACACAAAUAAUCAAAUAGUUUUUUUGUAUUUGAUUUUUAUUGUUUUGAUUGAUUUUUACAUGAUCUUGAUUCCAGUAAAAUAUGUUUAUAAGCUGUUAUAUGAGAAUCAUUAAAUGCAUUUUCAGAAAUGAAAAAUAUUGGAGACCGGGGCUAGUUGUCACAUUUUUUUAUAGUGUAUAUUUUAUGUCAGAGUAGAGUUAGUUUGAAAGUCAGUUAUUGUUUAAGACAAAAACCUUAAAGUCAAGAUACAGUUCAAUGAACACACGUUGAGUCCUGAAGUGGGGCAUGUUGUCACAUAUGAGAAUCUGCUUUAUGACUGGAGAUGAAUAUCUUUGUUGAAAAUAUAAAAAUGAACCUCCUGAGACCCGAGCGUGA